AUUUUUUUGUCUUCAGUAUUUGAAUGCACUCGGGUGAAUACGUUUUUGACUCACUUUAACCAAAUAAGCAUCGCUUUAAUAGAGAAACAAGACGCAGGAAAUGGGGUGUCAACUUUAUUUGCUCAACGUAGACCUAAUCUAGUAUGUAAACGAAACGCGUUUGUGUUCACAAGGGUUUAUAUCGUCAUUCAUAAUGGCCGAGACUCAUAGAAGAUUGCCAUUCGUCUACGCAUCUCUCGAGAUAAACUACAGAGUAGUUUAAAAUUGAACGAUUUAAUGAUCAAAGUGUUAGAGUGUAAUUUAGAAAAAUGUGGAAUUGGCACGUAAAAGUGAGGAAACUCAACGAUUUACAAGGAGUGAUUUUGUUGGUGUUCGCGACACUACCGCUGAUAGCAUCGACGAAUAUCGACUGCCUUGGAAAAGCUUUUCAUUGUGUUAAUUCGACUCAUUUCAUGAUAUGUGUGGAUAUCGGCGCAGGGUUUUCAAGUACGAUUGAUGAUUUCGUUAUACCGUGCCCUCCUACAACAGUUUGCCAACAAAAUAAUCGAUUUGAGUGUGAAUUUCCACCUAUCACGACACCUGCACCGACGUUACCGACAGUUAGUUAUGUUAAAGAAAGCAUCCAAUGGCUCGAUCCCACAAAUCCGACCCACGAAAAUAUUAUUCGAUCAACACAGCUCGACACAACGAUAAACGAAGCUUACAAUACCAUCAGCACAACAACCAUAGCAAAUCUUGAAAACGACAACGAAAUCACUACACGAGCGUUGGAAAAAUAUCCAUUAGGAUCAAGUGCUACGAAAGAUUUUUUUUGGAAUACUUCUCCAACGCUGGAUGAAACAACUAGUCAUUAUAAAGAAAAACGGGAAAGCGUUUCAACAAAUCCUCUAACGGACUCAACUACGGAAGCUAUACCGGAAAAAUCGACGCUUAGUGUACAAAAAGAAACAACGGAUGAUAGUUUCAUCGCAACUACUAGCCUACAAAAUGAAAACAUUCCUGCCGUAAUUUCCACGCCGCUUUCUAGUGUGAAUGACCCAAUUGCAACAUCAAGUUUCCAAACAACAGAGAAAAAUAUAAAAUUAUCGACAAAAGCGGAGUCUGAAUAUGUAAGCUAUAAGCCAACGUAUUUAUCAAACUUAGUUUCUACAAUGGAACCUGCUACCGAAUAUUAUACAUCGAAUGACAAUACUCAAACACCCAGAACUCAAUAUUUACCGAUUACAACUUCAACAGAUAGCGUUUACACAACUGCACCUACCAUUGUAACAACGAUAGCACAAUUUAUAGAAACAUCUGCAAUCACAAGUAACGUUUUGAAUGAUAGCAACAAAAUAAAUAGUGAAAAUUCGGAUAUAAAGUCAACGACCAAAGCUUUUCAAGUACAAUCUACGCUUGAUACAAAUAAAGAAAAUACUCAUGAUGAAAUUACUACUCCUGAAGUUAGUCUAAGUGUAAACCAAAACAUUCGACCUGCGGUCUCUGUCACUAAUCAUGUAAUUCCAACUGAUUCAAGUUAUGUUUCGACUUUAGCUGCUGGUUCUACUAAUGACGAUAAAUUGAUUACCGGUAUUUCUACCGAAUCAUUGUCUGUUACUGAUAAAAUUAUAUUGGAAGGCAAUCAUAAACAGUUUAAUGACGUCAUUCCAAUUAUUACAUAUACUACGACAAGUGACGCUUUUGCAUCCAAACCUAUGACUGAAAUUGAUUAUUCUAGUAUGACGGAAUCAAGUUUAAAAAUUAGAGCAGAUGACGAAAUCAACCCGAUUGCAAAUGAGGUCACUACUAUAAUGGAUAGUAUUUUAGUAGAAAAAACGAAAUCUACAGCUUAUGUAAUGGACGAUGUAAUAAGUUCCACCACAACGGAAGAUUCGGUUUCUCAAAUCAUAAAAAGUCCCCUUAUAUUUGAUAAAUUGAAUUCGACCGUAUCGAAUGUAAAAAGUUACAUAGAUUUUGCCGAUACAACUACUGAUAACAGCAAUCUAAAUUCAGUAAAAAUAAGUGGUUCAUCCGAACCUAUUGUGAUAACCACACCCAAAUUGUCUACAUCCAUCGAUGCUACCGAUAUUAAAAAUCUAAUUUCAAUUGACUUUGACACAACAGUAUACACAACUACAGAAAACACCUUAUUUAAGGAAAAGCAGAAAGAUAAGCUCAGUAACAGAAUUUCAGCAGCAAUUGUUCAAGCCGACGCACCAUCAUUUGAAACUAUGGAUACAACAUCGUCUGUUCCAACGGAUACCAGUACAACAGACAAAUUCAAUCCGUAUGUUACUAUAUUGGACGAAUCAAAAGCUUUUUCAACAGUUUCAUUAAACAAUGUUCCCACUGCGAUUCCUUCAAGUAUAAAGACAAUAAAUACAAAUACUUCUACAACCGUAUAUAAUUAUACGGAGUCUACGACAUCAAAUGUGUUAAAAGCUCAGAGUUUGAAAACAAUUGAAAAUGAUUUGGAACAGGAAUCAUCCGUUAUUAAAAAUAAUAACUUACAAGUGCCUCCUCAACCAAUCAAUCAGUCCUGGAAUACGACAGCAACAUUUGUAACAAAUUCUACUACUGCAAGUGAAUUGGAUACGGCUGGCAUUGUUGUGACUACAGAAAUAGCCACAUUAACUUCAUCACUGAGUAAUUCACUAAAAAAUGAAUCUGCAUUUGGUACGGAAAAUGAUUAUUACCAAAAAAAUAUUGCAACGUUUGGACUAAUUAAUGCUGCACAGAAAGUGACAGAACUAGAACAAAGGACAAACGGUUUAGAUGAUGAAAUUCAAUCUACAACACCAACUAUAUUCAAUGAAAUUGAAAAACCGGUAACUGACACAAUUCAUUUUAAUGAAGCGACGCAAUCGUAUACCAAAUUAUAUAAGAAAGAAAAUAAAACUAAAUCAGAAAUUAAUGAUACACCGAUUCCGUUUUCUCUGACCAAUAACAGUUUACCCGCUGGAAAAUCGACUUUAAAUAGUACGAGUGUGGGUCAGAGUACCUUAGACCAGUUGUCUUCUGAUUACCCUGAUGACCUUAAACAAGUAAAUAAUGUAGGAAGUGGGUUGAAAAACAUGAACAGUGAAGCAGUUAUACAAGAGAGUCAGAUUACAACUUCACAAAUAGUGUUCGAUGAGGUGUUGGGGAAAGAAUUAGUAUUAGGAGCAGAACUAUCAACCUUAAUUGGUAUCGAAAAACCUAACUUAAUGCGCACGGUAGAGGAUACCGGUGAAUUACAGAUUCAGAAUUCCCUCAAGACAAUACCACUUAGGUCAUCACCGACAUCAAGUCUGAAAAUCGAGUCACCUGGGUUACCGUUGGUAGGUACUGUACGGGAUUCUGAAAUUAACGGGAAAAUCUUAGAAGUCGCUAAAAAUGAUCCCGCAGCAGAAAUUAGUAACCGAAAAAAUUCAAAAGAUGGAACUCCAACACUAAAAAUUUUUGUAGAUUCACAGCCAAAAGUUCGAUUAUAUUCUGAGCCAACUGUAAGCUAUUCUAAGAGUGAAGAUCUAACUUUUUCACACUACACUGUUACAGAACCUUCUCAGAAAGUACAAGACUUUUUGAAUAGUGCGGCAGUUAUGGAUAAUAUUGGAAACGAAGGACACAAACAUGUUUCACUGCAAAAGAGUGAUAGUGAAUACAAUUCUGUGCAGAUUUAUAAACAACCAGAAUCAGUCUCUACCACACCCAGCAUUUUGGACGAUAGAAAUUUCGAUCAAAUUUUAUUGAAUGAUGAAAAAGUGGCUUCAACAAUCUAUCCAGAUUUAAAAAAGGCCACAAAACUAGUAAAGGUAGCUGAGAUUCCUAGUAAAGGGACACGAACAAUUGAUCUAGAAACUAUCACCUAUCUAGAAAAUAAAGAGAAUAUUGCAAAAAGUGAACCGACUCCUCCUUCAAAAACGAAUUACGAAGCCACGAGCCUAAACCAAAAUAUAGAUGCCGUAAUUGAAAAUAAUUCUAAACUGAAGUCGACCAUAAAAACUCGUGUGAAUGUGGAAUCUAACAAUAAUAAUGAUGGCAGAGUGAACACACAAAAAUUGAGUGACACAGAACAGACAAUAGCAUCAAAGGCUACUAAUUCUUAUAAUCUAAAAAAAAUAGAGGCAACCGUAAAUCGUGAAAAUAACAAAGAUAAAACCGUUUCAACGAUACUCAACUUAUCAUUCAAUUGUCAAUACAAGAGUAGAGGAAGAUACGGUGAUAACAAAGAUUGUAGAAAGUUCUAUAUUUGCAUAGGAAGAAAACAACCUAUUACUGGAAGGUGCCCCGAAAACACAGUAUUCAGUGAAGUAAGAAAACAAUGCACAAAAAACUUAUCAUAUUGCGUGAGAAAUAAUCGAUUCAUGUGUGUGUCAAAAGGCAGGUACAUCGACAUUAAAAAUAAUGACCUUUACUAUAUUUGUGUUAGAAACGGAAAUAGAACAUUUGUGAGAUAUACAUUUCAAUGUCAAAACGGUUAUUAUUUGAAUAAAAUUUUAGUUAGAUGUUUACCAAUCACAAGUUCUGAUAAUGUCUCCAAAAUAGUGGUUACCAAAGUAAAGAAAGAUAAGGAAAAACUAGCUAUUAAAAAAUCGGCUAAAAGCGAAAGCUCUAGAAAAAAUAGCGAUCAAAGUAUCAACCAAAAUAAUUCUGGGGAAUCUGAUAAAAACAGUGAAUUGAUUGAGUCUGUAUGUGAUGAUGUUGGAAAAUAUUCUGAUCCAGAUGAUUGCAGAAUAUAUUACAUUUGUUAUAAAAAUGGAAAGUCUGAAAUGAAAAUUAAGAAGAAAAAGUGCGAAAGCGAUGAGGUUUUCCAUAAGAAGCAAAAAAGAUGUGUUGACGCUGAAAGUUACGAAUGUUCUACUAAUUAAAUAACCUUUUUGAUUUUGAUUAAAUAACGAAUCACAUUAUUCAAAUUUAAUAUUUUACUUUUUUUAAAUUACACCACGUAUGUAUCAAUUU